AUGGCCGUACCCUAUCCACCAUCUGUUGCUGAUGGUCCUACCGCCUCUGUACCUGACACUGUUGAUUUCUCCCCUAAGAAACCCAACGGCGGUAACUACAUGCCUUCAAAGUCUAGCAAAGUUCCGGCUUCGAAGACUGCUGAUGCGCCCGCUGCCAAUGGCGACAAAAUUAAGGCGCGAACCACAGGGGAGAGAGUUACUAAUGGUGUUGCCCGAUUCGAUAACUCUAACAUUCAAGAUGGCGUUGGUAACGGCGUCGAUCGCUAUACCAUGUACUGGGGCGAUGGAAGCACUGGCGCCGGUUGGCCUGCUCAGAGCCAGUGGGUUUCCUUCGAGAAUAUGUUUAACAACUACAAGAAUCAGAUGUUUGCCGCCUGCGGCAACUUGCCAACUCCUCAGGCCAACGACAGCGGUCCUGAAGUGGGCGCUAUCUGGGAUGGCAUUCAGAUGGCUGCUGCUGCUACUGGUGUCGACCAUCGACUUAUAUUGGCUGUUAUUAUGCAGGAGUCUCACGGCUGCGUCCGUGUCAACACCUCCAACUUUGGAGUUCGAAACCCUGGCCUUAUGCAAGAUCACAAUGGUGCGGCCACUUGCAAUGAGAAUGGCAACGUCCCGAACCCUUGCCCCUCAUCAACUAUUUACCAGAUGAUCAGCGAGGGUACUGCUGGUACCAAUAGUGGCGAUGGCCUUGCCAACUGCAUCAAUGAAUCUGGCCGUAAUGAUGUUUCGGCUUUUUACCGAGCUGCUCGUAUCUACAACUCGGGCUCUAUUUCAAGCACCGGCCAGCUUCAAAACGGAAUUGCUACUCACUGCUAUGCUAGUGAUAUUGCAAACCGACUAACCGGCUGGGUCAAUGCACCAUCUCAAUGCAACUGCGAUAACAACCCUGGUAGCUGCGGCAUCGUUCAGAACUAA